AGUAGCUCACUUCACUCCGAGCAGCCGCACCAUUUCCAACACAGACUAAGCAGAAGAGCAGAGAAGAAGAACCCAAAGAUGAGCUGCUGCAAAAGCUUCACUUCUUCUUCUUCAACUCACCAUUUCUCUUCUUUCUCCAAACCCAUCCUUCCAAAAUCCUUUAACUUCCAUCCAUUUUACUUCAUUUCCUCUUCCAACCCAAACCCCAACCGCAACUCUUUCCACCUCCGUUCAUGGCCGCUUCAACGCCGCCUCUCUCCGACGCCCUCCAAACGUGUCCUCGCCCAAGCGAAUUCCACAGCCUCCGCGGAAGAAAAGGAUUUCAAAAUAGGCAUAAGGACGGAUUUAAAAAAGAUCAUGAUCCUUGGAGCCGGUCCCAUCGUCAUCGGACAAGCUUGUGAGUUCGAUUACUCGGGCACCCAAGCAUGCAAAGCGUUGAGGGAGGAAGGGUAUGAUGUUGUUUUGAUCAACUCGAAUCCAGCUACCAUCAUGACCGACCCGGAUUUGGCUGACCGGACUUACAUAACUCCCAUGACACCGGAAUUAGUCGAACAAGUCCUCGAGAAAGAACGUCCCGAUGCGCUUUUACCGACAAUGGGUGGCCAAACAGCCUUGAACCUUGCCGUGGCUUUGGCAGAAUCCGGGGUUCUGGAGAAAUAUGGCGUGGAGUUAAUAGGAGCGAAGCUUGACGCCAUAAAAAAAGCUGAGGACCGUGACUUGUUCAAGCAAGCUAUGAAAAAUAUAGGUAUAAAGACUCCACCUUCAGGGAUAGGGAACACUUUAGAUGAAUGUUUCCAAAUAGCUAGUGAAAUCGGGGAGUUCCCAUUGAUCAUUAGGCCAGCGUUUACUUUAGGAGGAACUGGUGGUGGGAUAGCUUAUAAUAAGGAAGAAUUCGAGGCUAUUUGCAAGUCCGGUUUAGCUGCUAGUUUGACAUCCCAGGUUUUGGUUGAGAAAUCGUUGCUAGGAUGGAAAGAAUAUGAGUUGGAAGUCAUGAGGGACUUGGCUGACAAUGUUGUGAUAAUUUGUUCCAUUGAAAAUAUUGAUCCAAUGGGAGUGCAUACUGGGGAUUCGAUUACCGUGGCGCCGGCACAGACCUUGACUGAUAAGGAGUAUCAGAGGUUGAGGGACUACAGUGUUAAGAUUAUUAGGGAGAUUGGUGUGGAGUGUGGAGGUUCAAAUGUGCAAUUCGCGGUUAAUCCCGUUGAUGGUGAAGUUAUGGUCAUUGAAAUGAAUCCUAGGGUUUCAAGAAGUUCUGCCCUGGCUUCGAAAGCUACAGGGUUUCCUAUCGCGAAAAUGGCUGCUAAGUUGUCAGUUGGGUAUACUUUGGAUCAAAUUCCUAAUGAUAUUACUAAGAAGACUCCGGCAAGUUUUGAGCCUUCUAUUGAUUAUGUGGUGACUAAGAUCCCACGGUUUGCAUUUGAGAAAUUUCCUGGUUCCCCACCAAUAUUGACAACUCAGAUGAAAUCCGUUGGUGAAUCCAUGGCCCUAGGCCGCACAUUUCAGGAAUCCUUUCAGAAGGCAGUCCGAUCACUGGAAUGUGGCUACCCUGGAUGGGGAUGUGCUGAAAUUAAAGAACUUGACUGGGAUUGGGAUCAGUUGAAGUAUAGUCUCAGAGUCCCCAGCCCAGAUCGAAUCCAUGCUAUAUAUGCUGCAAUGAAGAAGGGGAUGAAAGUAGAUGAAAUAUAUGAGUUGAGUUUCAUUGACAAAUGGUUUCUCACUCAGUUUAAAGAAUUAGUAGAUGUGGAGCAAUAUCUCUUGUCCCGAAGUUUGUCUGAUCUGACAAAGGAUGAAUUUUAUGAAGAAAAGAGAGGCUUUAGUGAUAAGCAGAUAGCCUUUGCUACCAAGACCUCAGAGGAAGAAGUCCGGAAAAGACGAUUAUCUCUGGGAGUUGUUCCAGCAUAUAAGAGGGUAGAUACUUGUGCUGCAGAGUUUGAGGCUAAUACUCCUUAUAUGUACUCCUCUUAUGAUUUCGAGUGCGAAUCAGAUCCUACUGGAAAGAUGAAGGUUUUGAUUUUGGGUGGAGGGCCAAAUCGUAUUGGUCAGGGGAUUGAGUUUGACUACUGCUGUUGCCACACAUCAUUUGCACUUCAGGUAGCUGGUUUUGAGACGAUCAUGAUGAACUCAAAUCCUGAAACUGUUUCCACAGAUUAUGAUACCAGUGAUCGUCUUUACUUUGAACCCCUGACAGUUGAAGAUGUUCUAAAUGUUAUUGAUUUAGAAAAACCUGAUGGCAUCAUUGUCCAGUUUGGAGGUCAAACACCGCUUAAGCUCGCUCUACCCAUUCAGCGUUACUUAGAUAAGCAUCAGCCUUUAGCUGCCAGCGGAACUGGGCAUGUUCGCAUAUGGGGUACAUCACCAGAUUCCAUUGAUGCAGCUGAGGACAGAGAAAGGUUCAAUGCAAUCCUUGAAGAGUUAAAGAUUGAGCAGCCGAAAGGAGGGAUUGCCAAGAGUGAAGACGAUGCUCUUGCCAUUGCAAAAAAUAUAGGUUACCCGGUAGUUGUCCGGCCUUCUUAUGUAUUGGGUGGCCGAGCAAUGGAGAUUGUAUAUAAUGAUGACAAGCUUGUGACAUAUCUAGAGAACGCUGUUGAGGUGGACCCAGAACGGCCUGUACUGGUAGACAAGUAUUUAUCUGAUGCAAUCGAGAUUGAUGUUGAUGCACUUGCUGAUUCACACGGUAAUGUGGUCAUUGGAGGGAUAAUGGAGCACAUUGAGCAGGCUGGGGUCCAUUCUGGUGACUCUGCCUGCUCAAUUCCCACGCAAACUAUUGCGUCUUCUUGCUUAGACAGUAUAAGGUCAUGGACUACAGAACUGGCUAAGAGGCUAAAUGUCUGUGGGCUCAUGAACUGUCAGUAUGCAAUCACGGCUUCUGGUGAUGUUUUCUUACUUGAGGCAAAUCCACGUGCUUCACGUACUGUACCAUUUGUUUCCAAGGCAAUUGGGCACCCACUGGCUAAAUAUGCUGCUCUUGUUAUGUCGGGAAAAUCACUUAAUGAUCUAGAUUUCACUAAAGAGGUGAUUCCAAAACAUGUGUCGGUUAAGGAAGCUGUUCUUCCAUUUGAGAAGUUCCAAGGUUGUGAUGUUUUGCUAGGUCCUGAAAUGAAAAGUACUGGUGAGGUGAUGGGCAUUGACUUUGAGUUUGCAAUAGCUUUUGCAAAAGCUCAGAUUGCUGCUGGGCAGAGGCUACCACUCUCUGGCACGGUUUUCCUCAGCUUAAAUGACUUGACAAAGCCCUAUCUUGAAAGAAUUGCAAAAGCGUUUUUGGGGCUGGGAUUCCAUAUUAUUUCAACAUCCGGGACAGCUCACUUUCUUGAACUGAAAAGUAUCCCCGUGGAACGAGUGCUGAAAUUGCACGAAGGGCGGCCACAUGCUGGUGAUAUGGUUGCUAAUGGACAAAUCCAGUUGAUGGUUAUCACGAGUUCUUUCGACGCACUUGAUCAGAUUGAUGGUCGGCAGUUGAGGAGAAUGGCCCUUGCUUACAAGGUUCCUAUAAUAACAACCGUUGAUGGAGCAUUGGCAAGUGCCGAAGCAAUCAGAAGCUUGAAGUCAAGCACCAUUAACAUGAUUGCACUUCAGGACUUCUUUGAUACUGAGACAGAGGAAGGGCGGAGCAAAAAUUUGCUGUCUACUACAUCUCUAUAGAUUGGCUAGACAUUUUGGGGUAAGCGCCCCCCCCUUUUUUUCUCCUUGAUGCUUCCUUUAUCAGUCUUUGCUUGGGAUAGAAUUUCUUCAAAGUUACUUCUUGCUGGCUAAUUUCUUAUUGUCUAAUAAUCCGAUUUGAUGUCGACGAAUUUGAAGAUAGGGAGUACUUAUGUACUGCAGAAUAUAUUUAUAAUAAGAUGCAGUUUUCAUGUGCU